CCUCACGCCCUCACGGGCUCACCUGGCCGUCGGAGCGCAGACCUUUGCCUGAACCUGAGAAUCUCGUUUCAAACCGUCCAAUCCCCAAAUCUGCCCUCCCAACCCUCAGAACUCGCCGCCGGCGACACCUCCGGCGAUCUCCCCCCUCUUCCCUUCUUUCCGCCUCAAACCCCUCCCGAGCCCAACACCGCCCAACCAUGCAGCGAAAGAACUUCCGCAAGCGGAGCUUCGAGCCGGACGCCGACGACCGCUCCGACGACGAGGACACCCGCCGCGUCGUCCUGGAGGAGAUCAAGUACAUGCAGAAGCUCCGGGAGAGGAAGCUGGGCAUCCCCGCCGACCCCGCCGCCGCCUCCACCAACGGGUCAGCCGCCCGCGGACUGGUGGGUGGAGGGGGAGCGGCUAUCGGCGAGGCCGAGAAGGAGGACCUCGUCCUCCAGGACACCUUCGCGCAGGAGACUGCCGUCACCAUCGAGGACCCCAACAUGCUGAGGUAUGUGGAGACCGAGCUGGCGAAGAAGAGGGGUAAGACAGUUGAUGUGGGACACAAGGAAGAGAUGGACCAUGUGGACGAGCUCUACACCGUGCCAGACCACCUCAAGGUGAAGAAGAAGAACUCGGAGGAGAGCUCGACACAGUGGACUACGGGCAUUGCUGAAGUUCAGCUGCCUAUUGAGUACAAAUUAAGAAACAUUGAAGAAACUGAGGCAGCUAAAAAGAUGCUGCAAGAGAAAAGACUUGCGGCUAAACCAAAAUCAGAUUCAAAUAUUCCAUCAAGUUACAGUGCUGAUUAUUUCCAUCGUGGCAAAGAAUAUGAUGAGAAAUUGCGGAGAGAGAAUCCUGGGCUGUACAAAGAUAAAGAUUCUCGGCCUAAUGAAAGUGCAGGAGGUAAAGCAACAGAUACUAAAAAUACAGCUGGUGCCGGUGCAGGACGGAGAGAGGCUGCUAGUGAUGAUAUCAUGCUUGAGCGAUUCCGCAGGCGUGAAAAAAUUCGUGUCAUGCGAAGGUAGCCAGAGCUGUCAGAUUGCUACCGUUGCCUUUGAAGAUCAAAUAUGUGAUCACAUGAAGACCUCAGUAUUCCUGUCCUUUUUAGCGAGAAUUUUACUGUAAAGCUGCAUCCUUGGUUCUUGGCUACUUUUGCAGCUACUAAGGGCAAGGAGCAGAUUAAAUCCUUAUCGCAGAGGUGAUUUGGGGCAAUAGAUUUUGGGGAGAGUUAUCACAAAUUCAUGUCGGCUCGGAGGCUCAGAUGUCUCAGGGGCCUUGCUGUGGCAAGCUCCAUAUUCAUCUGCUCAGGAAGAAACAAGGUGUGCCCUCUGUGACAAAUAUAAAUGAGCUGCUGCGACAUAUUGUGCAAAGGCCAAAGGUAGCAGGAUUUCAUUUGGUAUGGAGUCCAUGCCAAAGCCAACAAUUUGUUCUUUCUAGCUUGGAAUACCCUGUUUCUGUGAGUUGCUCAAAGUCUCUGCUGCAGUUGAUGUGUGCACAGAGUAAUUAAGCAUUUGACGAUCUA